AUGUCUGAAAUUCCUCAACGAAAGCAGAUUACUCGAGUCACUAGGAACGAUGAAGGGCAAUCUUCCUCCCUUUCUUUAGCAGUAUCGACACAAACUACAUCUAUGGACAGUAGCACCGACAGUACGGAUGACGAAACCACCACGACGUUCUCGUAUGCUAGUAGCGAUAAUGAAGAGGAAAGUGAAUCCCCCACGCAGACGGCGGCGCUGUCAUUAACUUCUAAUUUAACUGGAGCCCAAGCCCCAACCCAUUAUCCAAAUGCCAACCGCACUAUACAGCUUAAUCCCGAUUUACGGUUUGAGAGACCGGACAACGAGUACAUCCCACCACCGCGUCAGCAGAACACCUCCCAACAGUCCUCUCUCCUGCGCUGCAUCUUAAAUGACCGCACCCAUUACCCGGAGGGUUGCUAUCGUAUGGUGGACUACUUUAGGGUGGCGGUUGAGCUGUUUCUGCAACAGGUGCGUCUCGAGUACAAACAGCACGUGGAGAUGGCACGACAAAACGGCAGCUCGAUGACCCGUUUCGUCUGGCGUAACAAGAGCGAUCUCGCGGUCUACUUUGCUUGCUGCUGUGAUACGAUGAAGCUGCUCUACGACACCCUUCAGCCGGGGCCGAUGAAGCCGUUGUGGGGAACUUUCGCCCAGCAGCUUUCAUCUUUGCUCAUCGCGGAGAGUCACUUACCCAGCACGGUGCUGACGGAGCAAACUUACCACACAAAGUAUAUGGACUGGCAGAAGGGUGGUACGCGGUACGCUGGUGAGCAGUCAACCGCGAACAUCCGAUUUCCUUCAGUUCAGGAGCGGCGCUUGCGGAUUGAAGCCUACCUUCGCUCUGGCGCGGGGUAUCGGAUAGAAGCAGCGGGUCCUUCAUCCGCGAAGCCGCUUGGCGGGGGCCGGGGCCCUCUCCCCGUGACGGUUGUGCCGCCUGGGACUCGAAUGGAAGUAAAGGCGGCACCGAGGCCGCCGACUGGGGCGAAAACGACGUCGUUUAUCGCGCCGUGGGGAUCAACGGGGGGGAGGGUGGAGGGAGGGCCUGGGACUCUGAGAGCUGUGGUGCGUGCCGGGCCUAAGAGCGCCACGCCCCACCCCCCGACUGCCCCCGUCGCUGUGAAGCAGAUGCCGGAGGAGAUGCGCCAUCUUUAUUGGCUCUCCGCGCUAGCUCACAUCAAGGGUGGGGAACCCGGGGCCUCCUUUCCCGAUGAGCGCGCGGCGGCGAUGACCGGUUUUGCGCGCCUCUGCGAAAUGACUCGCUUGCCCAGUGAAAUCUGCAUUUUAGCUGAUAUCCUGAUUGCCUCGAGUGAGGGUAUCCAAACAGUAUUCGAACGACUCGGCGGCAUGAUCAUCCUAAGGCGCUUUGUGGGAAUAUUUAUUCGAGAGGGCAAUGCCGCAUCUCUUAUCCAUGUUCUUCGACAGCUAGUGCAAUUCAAGGGCCCAGCGUUCUGGAGCACGCCUUCUCAGAAAGCCUGGCGGACCGACAAUACAAACAAGUUAACUGAUGAUUUAACGUGGUUGCGAGGACUCUCGAUGAUUCCGACCGAUAAGCGGGCCGCAUGGGGUGCCUUAGUGUUGGUUAUGGAGGAAAAGUAUAUUUUCAAGGCCUCCCGAGAGGAGAUGGAGGAGAUGCGAAAGCGCAAGCGUGCCGAUGAUGCACUAGCCGUCUCUACUUCACCCGUAACAAGCGCGCUGCGCUCCACUCUCAGCGAUAAUUGUGAUUUCCAACGCUGGAAACUACUUCGAGUUAACACAUUAGCUGCGGUUCGGCUUCCUGUCGAGUUGCGUGCCCCACCGUUUUCGUCGAAUCUUGAGAAAGACACCAUUGAUUUCAUAAAUGCGAAAAAAAAACAUGCUGUAAGUAUGCAGGGGGAAUGGAGGACUCGUAUAUUGUCUGCAAUCCGAGGCAAAAAUAUAGAUGAAGACUGUGUAUCUGUUCCGUUAUGGUAUGACCCGUUUCAACUACUGGGCAUAACCCAAUUGGAGUAA